AUGAACGAAGACACUCGAGCGUGGGCCACGCACGGUCGGCGCUCGUUCUGGUCCGCGCACGGCCACCGCGUCGUCGCCGUCGCGAUCGCCGUGGUGUUGGCGCUCGGCGCGUGGUACGCGUACGAAAACAGCGACGAGCUCCUCGCGCUCGGCUCGCGCGACGUCCUCGGACCGGCGAAUGGGUCGUGGUACUCUAGCUUUCCCGAAGAUCACGGUCUGCGCGGUCACGCGCUGAUCGAGGGGUCGACGCAGUUGAAGCUUGACUUGCCGGCGCGCGACUGCGUGGUGGUGGUGAAGGACGGCGUCGUGGUGCACGAAGAGUAUUACAACGGCGCGACGCUGAACAGCGUGUUCAACGUGGGAUACGUCGGGAAAGUGGCGACGGCACUCGCGAUCGGCGCGGCGAUUCUGAGACAGGACCUGACGCUGGACGACAAGGUGAAGGAGUUGCUGGACCGCGCGCAACAAUUCGGAGGUGAUACGCCGCCGGAGUGGAAUAGUGAGUACUGGGCGUCGCUUACGGUGCGCGAGUUGCUCGCGCAGGUGAGCUCGGAUGGAAGCCACGUACCAGGAGAGGAGUUCCGUAACGACGCGGCGUAUAACGACGUCCAAAAGUCGCCUUUGAAAUAUUUGAACGGCGUCCUUAGAGGCGCCACGGGACAGCGCCCGACGGCGUUCGCGAAGAAGCGCAUCGCUGAUCCCCUUGGACUGGGCGAUUUCUUCGAGCAAGGUACGGGUAGCUCGAAAGGUGAGAUGUCAUUCGUCGGCGGACAGCUCGCGAGCUGCCGCGAUAUGGCUCGCUUCGGACAACUCAUCGUCAACGAAGGGAGAUGGAAAAUGCCAGACGGCGGCUCCAGACAACUCGUCGACAAAAAAUUUCUUCGUGCGAUGAUGCGACCGUCCUAUCCUGACGCGUCAAGGUACUUUGGUCUCGCGGGAUGGACGUACAACGUGCACGCCGCAUCAAAGAUGAACGAUCAAGAACAAGCGCAAGCUGGCAAUGAGUCGGCGCCGACGAAUUCCGUCAGCGGUUUGGGCGCUGAUUGCCCGGUACACGACGGUCCGGUGCUUCCGGGAGCCGAGCCGAGCUACGAUGUCUUGUUUAACGCCGGUGAGAUGGGUUCGAUGAUGAUCACUGUUCCGGAACAGCGAACAGUCGUCGUCAGCCUCGGUACAACGUGGGGCUCGUCGCCGACUUGUCCGGCCGUCAGUGCAGCUAUUCAACAAGCAGAUCUUGCAGAAUCUGAACGCACAGUUCUUCCACGUAAUGAUAUGUUUGUCGUACAACGCGCCUGGCAGAUCAUCGCGCACGCCAUCGAUCCGAAGCCAUCGAGCGAUCAAAAUCACCGAUUGACUUACCCGAAGCUCUCUAGAUCGGGCACGAGUUACGAAAAUGUGUGGGCGAGCUUGCACCACAAAAAUGAGCCGCUUAAAGAGAGAAAAGUCGUCUUACCGCGUCUCGGGGAUUCCGAUCAAAAUGCGUACAACGACCAAAUGGAAACACUCGUGAAUUCUGUUCCCGACGAUCAAGUCGCCGCGUCAAAAGUACAAACAGCCUCCAUCACGCACGAUGCGACUUGGACCGAGGAUGACCCGGAACGUUUCAGUGGCACAUGCUCUUGUUCUUGCGCGCCGAACCUCGAAAUCGGGCAAUGUUUCAAUGUGCGAAACUCUCGCUCGCGAAACUGCGAUGAUCUCAACUUGCGAUCGCACGGUACACAGUUCUGUCCAGAGCUCGGCAUCGUUAACUCGUGUGGCGACGCAAACACCGUCACUGCAGCUCAGUACGGGACUUCAGACAAAUAUUCGUCGCAAAACGUCUCUGACAUGAUUGCUGACGAUCAUGGUGGAUUGACUCUGACCAAUAAGCAACUCAAUCCGGCUAGUCAAUCGGCUCACGACGUCGAAAACAGCGUUUUCACGUGUAGCGUAACGCAAGGAUGCGGUGAAGACGCUCCCGGUCAUUUCUGGAAUCACAAGGAAGGAAAGCACGGAGAUGGUGUCUACGCGCUUCGAUGCGCGCCAACUGGGUUUUCGGUGUGUACAUUCACUCCCGAUGCUGAGUGUGCGUUCAAUCCUCAAGUGCCGCUGACGAACGUCUCGAUCGCACAAGGCGAAAACGAGGUGCUCGUGGAGAUGCCGACGGAGGGGUGGAUUUUGCAAAGUGAACAAACCGGUGAUGACUCCGACGGUGAUCUCGGUGAGGAUUUGUCGUACGUGCGGCUCCAGAUCCCUGGUCGUCGCGUGGAGGAGGUUCAACUGAUCGCGGUUGACGAGGGAAAGUAUGUCGCGUUCAACGCUGUCUUUGGCGCCACUGCGAUCGCCUUCGGCGUAGUUUUGGUCGCCAUCGCGAAAGGGAAAUUCACGAGCAACGACGAAGAUAGCGAACCAUUAGUAAGCGGGGGGCCCACAGUCGCAAAAUACGACGAAAGCGUUUGAUUUGUACU